AUGGAAUCGGAUCCAACGCUCCCUCCCCCGGUGAUCCCACCCGAUCAUACGGAUGAAGAAAGGUGCAAGCUGCUAGGAACGACGGGAUUGGUGGUACAAGCAUCGAUGGGUGUAUUCGUCAUUCUCUCUUUGGUCGUUAAGCGGCAACUGGAGAGACGUAAGAGAUCAUGGAGGAUAUGGGUGUAUGAUGUGGGCAAACAAUUAGCUGGUCAGGCUGUGGUACAUGGCUUAAACAUCCUGAUAUCAGAUGUGGUAGCUUCUGUCGCUCAUAACAAUCCAUGUUCACUCUACUUCCUGAACGUAUUGAUAGACACCACGAUAGGAGUGGGUAUAAUCUAUCUCAGUCUAAAAGCUUAUACAUGGUAUUUCUCGAAAUAUAUGGCUAUGGAAGGAUUCAUAAGUGGACAAUAUGGUCAUCCGCCAAAUCCCAUCUUCUGGUGGAAACAACUAGCACCGUACAUCAUGUCAAUCAUAACUAUGAAACUUCUCGUCCUUCUUCCACUCACUUUACCUGGAAUCUCAAAAUCCCUUAUAGACUGGUCACACAAUCUACUUGAUCAUCUCGGAGCGAAAUCUCAAGUGAUAUUCGUCAUGGCUAUCUUUCCCUUGGUGAUGAACGUCUUGCAGUUCUGCUUGGUUGAUCAGGUGAUCAAAGCUGGUGGGAAAGAAGAUGAGGAAGAUGACUACAACGAGAGAGGAGGGGAUUAUCAGCGGAUUAGAGGACAUGACGAUGAUCAACAUAAUGUUAAUGGUCGCGGGGAUAUAGAAUCAGGUUUGACUAGACAAAUCUCAUCCAAUAGUAUAAACAGAAAUAGUCGCAAGGGGAGUAGCCCAUCAAUAGUCAUACCUUCUUCACCACUUCUCACGUCAAAUCAAAGAGAUUAUGGAUCAGCUACACCUUCACCUAUUGGAUCUCCAGUAAAGAACAAAUCGAUCUUACCUGGUCAGACGACAGAUUCAAAUAGCCUAUGGUCAAAAUUGAUCAAUAAAGUAUCGGAUGUAUCCAGUUCGACCAGAUCAAGUUCAACAGUAUUUUUCGAUGCCCAGACUGAUCUAGAGUCCAAUCCGAAUUCAGUCCAGAGUAGAAGCACGAUUGGGGGUACAAGUGAGGGAGGAACGAGUAGGUUGUAUGUCAGAGAUGAGAGGAAUAGAAGAGGUCAGAGAUCGGCUGCUCCUUCACCUGAAACCAUGCCUUUUGAAGCUAGCCCUUCGAUGUCAUCCAUACAAAGUGAUACCUACAGUGAAGAAGAACAGCGUAGUGGAGGUAGUGGUAGGACGCCUUCACCUCCUUUGACUAUAACGAAUUUAGAAGGGAUAUCGAGACAUCCCCCGAGAGAAUUGGAGAGAGAAGCUAGAUGGACGUUGAGUCCACCUGAAUCUCCGACGGUCACUCAUGGGAAUACGACUAUGACGGAUAGUAACGAUAGUGUCAGUUUGAAAGAGGUCAAUAGGAGCUAG